CAGGAACCGGAAAUGCGUCUCAGGCAUAAACAAAGUCAUCUUGGGGCGCAGUGCGCUGGUGAGAUCGAAGUCCUAUCAUGGGGAACACAAGUAGCGAGCGGCCUGCUCCCCAUAAGGGGCGAAGAGAUAGCAGCGGAGGGACGACGAAAGGGGAAGACAGAGCCAAGAUCCUAAUGGACAGUCCGGAAGACGCAGUCAUGUUCCCGGCCGAGGAUAGUAAGGCUCCGUUGGAGAAAGAGGAGUUCCUGGCGUGGCAGCAGGAUUUAGAAGUAAAUGAUAAAGCGCCCACCCAAGCUCGCCCGACGGUUUUUCGCUGGACUGGCGGAGGGAAAGAAAUUUAUUUAGCGGGGUCUUUUAAUAACUGGGGGAAAAUACCCCUCACAAAAAGCCAAAACAACUUUGUUGCGAUAUUAGACCUUCCGGAAGGUGAACAUCAGUACAAAUUUCUUGUGGAUGGCCAGUGGACUCAUGAUUCUUCUGAGCCAGUAGUCACCAGCCAGAUGGGGACAGUGAACAAUGUCAUUCAAGUGAAGAAAACGGACUUUGAAGUAUUUGAUGCCUUAAUGGUGGAUUCCCAGAAAGGCUCCGAUUUAUCAGAGUUAUCCAGUUCACCACCUGGGCCAUACCAGCAGGAACCAUAUAGCUGUAAACUAGAAGAACGUUUUAAAUCUCCUCCCAUCCUCCCGCCGCAUUUACUCCAAGUCAUACUUAACAAAGAUACAGGAAUUUCGUGUGAUCCAGCUCUGCUCCCUGAACCCAACCACGUUAUGCUGAAUCAUCUUUAUGCCCUUUCGAUUAAGGAUGGGGUCAUGGUGCUCAGCGCUACCCACCGUUACAAGAAGAAAUAUGUCACCACAUUGCUGUACAAACCAAUAUAAGCUUCUGCCAGAGACUGAUAUGUUAUUUACGCAUUUCCACUUUUUUACAUGUUAAAAUAAAUACAUAUAUUAUUUACAGAA